AUGAGCAAGAAGAGAGAGGAGCGAGAGGAGCGAGAAGAGAGCGAGAGGAACGAGAAAAGUGAGGAGCGAGAGUUGCGAGAAAAGAGUGGAGGAGGAGCGGGAGGAGCGAGAAAAGAGAGGAGCGAGAAAAGAGAGAAGCGAGAAAAGGGAGGUGCGAGAAAAGGGAGGAGCGAGAAAAGGGAGGGCGAGAAGAGCGAGAAAAGAGAGGAGCGAGAAGAGAGAGGAGAGAAAAGAGGAACGAGAAAAGGGAGGCGCGAGAAAAGGGAGGCGCGAGAAAAGGGAGGGCGAGAAGAGCGAGAAGAGAGAGGAGCGAAAAGAGAGAGGAGAGAGAGGAGCGAGAAGAGAGAGGAGCGAGAAGAGAGAGGAGCGAGAAAAGAGAGGAGCGAGAAAAGGGAGGAGCGAGAGGAACAAGAAAAGGGAGGCGCGAUAGUAUCGAGAAAAGAGAGGAGCGAGAAAAGAGAGGAGCAAGAAAAGGGAGGUGUGAGAAAAGGGCGGAGCGAGAAAAGGGAGGGCGAGAAGGGCGAGAAAAGAGAGGAGCGAGAAGAGAGAGGAGAGAAAAGAGAAAGGAGCGAGAGGAGUGAGAAGAGAGAGGAGCGAAAAGAGAGAGGAGAGAGAGGAGCGAGAAGAGAGAGGAGCGAGAAGAGAGAGGAGCGAGAAGAGAGAGGAGCGAGAAAAGAGAGGAGUGAGAAAAGAGAGGAGCGAGAAAAGGGAGGUGCGAGAGCAGCAAGAAAAGGGAGGAGCGAGAGUAUCGAGAAAAGAGAGGAGCGAGAAGAGAGAGGAGCGAGAAAAGAGAGGAGCGAGAAAACAGAGGAGAAGAGAGAGGAGAGGAGAGAGGAGCGAGAAAAGAGAGGGGCGAGAAAAGAGAGGAGAGAUAGGAGCGAGAAGGGCGAGAAGAGAGAGGUGCGAGACGAGAGACGAGCGAGAAGAGAGGAGAGAGAUGAGCGAGAAGAGAGAGGAGCGAGAGGAGCGAGAGGAGCGAGAAGAGAGCGAGAACAGGGAGGAGCGAGAGGAGCAAGAAAAGGGAGGAGCGAGAGGAGCGAGAAAAGAGAGGAGCGAGAAAAGAGAGGAGAGAGAGGAGCGAUGAAAGGGAGGAGCGAGAAGAGAGAGGGCGAGAAGAGAGAGGGGCGAGAAGAGAGAGGAGCGAGAAGAGAAAGGAGGGAGAAGAGAGAGGAGCGAGAAAAGAGAGGGGCGAGAAAAGAGCGGAGCGAGAAAAGAGAGGAGAGAGAGGAGCGAAAAGAGAGAAGGGCGAGAAGAGAGAGGUGCGAGAAGAGAGAGGAGCAAGAAGAGAGAGGAGCGAGAGGAGCUAGAAGAGAGCGAGAGGAGCGAGAAGAGAGAUGA